AUGAGCAAGGCAAGUCCAAUGACCCAGGAACAUCUCUCCGAGCUGGAGAAGGCCAUGGAUAUCAUCAUUGAUGUCUUCCACCAGUACUCGAGACGGGAGGGGGACCUAGACACCCUGACCAAGAAGGAGCUGAAGCUCCUGAUUGAGAAGCAGCUUGCGAACUACCUGAAGCACGUGAAAAACAAGGCCACCAUUGAUGAAAUCAUGAAGGACCUCGAUAUCAACAAGGACGCGCAGAUCAGCUUCUGCGAGGUGAUGCUGCUCAUCACCCGUGUGACCAUUGCCACCCACGAACACCUCCACGACGUUGAGGACCAGCAGCAGCAACACCAGCACAAGCACCAGCACCAACACCACCACUGA